AAAAAGAACACCACCAAGAAAUGUCUUCAACUAUCUCGAGAUUCAUUUGGGUUGAUGCUAUGUUAUCUCCAAAUAAAACGACCGACAAAUCUCUUUUGUUAAAACCGAUGUUGCGAAAACCUUUCUUGAAGAACAAGGAAGUUGCACGGAAUUUGCAUGGUAAUAGUUUGAGGAGCUUGCAUUACUUGAGCAUGUCGUCGAUGAAUAUGCAUACAUCUAAUUUUGUGAGACAAAGCAACAACAUUAGUCCUCCACCUGAAGCUCCUCUUCCUUCUGGCUCUCCUUCUGGUUCUUUAAGAAAUUGGAUUGUGGGAAUGGUAUUGACAUUCAUUUUACCCUUUUUCACCCAUAAAUGGGGCUCAUUGCUUCUACUCAAAAAUAAAGUCGAUAAGAACAUAGAAACAACAGAGCAUGUAGUAAAAGAUAUAGAAAGUGUUGCGGAAAGAGUUGAUAAAGUGCUUGAUAGCAUUACCGAUGAUCUUCCAAAUGAUAGCAAACUCAAGAAAGCUUUGGUAGCUCUCGACGAAAUAGUUGAAGGGGUUGCUAAAGGUGCUCAUGUAGCGGAUGAUAUCAUCAUUAAGGUGGAAGAAGCUAAAGGUAAGAUAGAGUCGUUGAUUGAGAAGGAAAAUUCGAAGAGGGUUGAGAUUCAUCAAGUAGAUGAAGACAAAGAGGACCAAGAAAUUACUACGCAAGAAGAAAAUGACGAAGAAGAUAAACAAGAUUAAA